UGGUUUCAGGGUAAAUGGUUGCCUCACCAAACACUUACCACAAAAAAUAUCAGCAUUGAUUGGCAAGAGCUCUAUGCUAUUGUGGUAGCCUCCUGCAUAUGGGCACCUUUAUGGGCUCAAAAACGAAUUGUGUUUUACUGCGAUAACCAGGCAGUGGUUUCCAUAAUCAAUUCCAAACGUUCAAAAGCCCUCGUAUUAUGGACUUAGUGCGUCCUUUAACCUUACAAACACUGAAAUAUAACUUUUAUUUCAAAGCCUUACAUGUGCCUGGUCAUUAUAAUGACAUUGCUGAUUCUAUCUCCCGUUUUCAGCAAACCAGAUUUCGGCGGCUAACACCGCAUGCAGACCAUCAACCUCAACCUCUACCAGAGGAACUUUCUCGUCUCUAGACGCUGACUUACGUCGUUAUCAACUUGCUUCGUUAGCUAAAGGUACGAUUAAACUUAUAGCAGUGGCGAAAAACAGUUCACGAAUUUCUACUAUCAAUUCCAUUUACAUAAGUAUGUGCCACUUCUGCCAACAACGGAAAACAUUCUGAUUUACUUUGCUGUUUUUCUCGCUAAGACGGUAAAUCCAGACACCAUCAAAGUCUAUCUCGCAGCAGUACGCCAUAUGCAUUUGGUUAACGGCUACGACCUUCAAAUCACCAAAUUUCAACGCCUACACUAUAUUUUGCGAAGUAUAAAGCGAGUAAAAGGAGUGUCUACAAGAACACGCCUACCAAUUACAUUAGACCAUUUGAAAUUGUUUCACCGCAUAUUACACUCACGGACAUCGCCAACACAUGAUGAAACCAUGAUUUGGGCAGCGAUUUCCAUAGCAUUUUUCGGGUUUUUGCGGAUUGGUGAAAUGACUUGCUCCGGUCCUUAUAAUUCUUCAACAAAUCUUUGCCGAUCAGAUGUAAGUUUUCAUAACAAAAAACGUGGGGAUAACGAGGUUUUUCUGCAACUACGAAUUAAAGCGUCAAAAACCGAUCCGUUUCGAGCCUCAGCCACAAUAACCAUUGGCAGCAAUUCUGGUAUAUAUUGUCCAGUAAGGGCCCUUCAAACCUACCUUUCACGUGCGCCAACGGACUAUGCGGGACCAUUGUUUUGCUACUCAAACGGUGUUCCUUUAUCACGUAGUCAAUUUACUAAGGAACUACGAACACUUUUGGCCCAAGGUGGUCAUCACCCUGCUCACUAUGCAGGCCACAGCUUUAGAAUCGGAGCGGCUACCACAGCUGCGUCCCAAGGUUUGCCUCAUUUGCUUAUUCAAACGCUAGGAAGAUGGUCUUCCGAUUGUUACCUCAGGUAUAUUCGCACGCCAAUCAAUGUCCUUACAGACGUUUCAAAACGAUUGAUUGCAGAGUGA